GUUCGUUUAUUUUUCUUAAAGUUUGCUGUGCAUUCAGAUGUAGAAAAGGGUACUCAAACAGGUGUCAAUUUGUAGGUUCUAUGGCCGAAUUGUCCGAUUCAUCAAUUAUAGCACUUAGUUCUGUAUUGGGAAUUUUCGGAUUACUUAUUACUUGUGGAGUAGCGGUAUAUUGUCGCAGGAAGUAUGUUUACAGUAAAAGAACAUAUGUGAACGGCACACAGCCACCAAGGGCAGUACCAUCAGCCUACAUUGCUCCUCCAGAGAAACAUUACGUCACAAACGGCUACCCAAGUAGUCCAGACAAAGCUAAUCUAAACAUACCUCAACCAGAAAUAGGAAUAGAAAGUCCGACACAGCAAGAACAACCAAAAGAAAAUGAAAUAAAACCAGAACCUGUACCUGUGCAUGUACCAGUACAGUCUGUACCAAAACCAAACAGCUAUGUUAAAAAUGCCAAAAAUAAGAAAGGCUUUGGUGAUCAUGUAGUUCAAAGGGAAGCAAGUUACAAAUUACAUGAUCCUGAAUUACUUGUUCAACGUAAUAACAGUUACAAAAUAUUAGAUGAAAGUCGUCACACGGGAAGAGCACGAAGUUACAUCCAAUAUGAAGGAGCACGGCCUGAAUAUGUGGUUCGGCAAAGAGGGUAUAAAAUGCACGAACCGAGAUAUCAAGCCAGGCGAGUUGCCCAUACAUAUGGUACAUGGAGGCAUCAACCAGAAAUAGUCAAUGCCCGACCUAUUAUGGAACUGAACAGUGGACGACCAGUAUCAGAAACGUUAACCACAAGAGCAAGACCAGUAAGAAUUGUUCAGUCGGUGCCUCCAAUGCCAAUUCGAACGGUUAGACCUCAGAACGUUGGACGGCCUGUUAUCGUACGUCGAACAAUAGAAACAGAGAGGCCUUACAAUACACCAGUUCAUGGAUAUAUUCCUCGACAUCGCCUCGGACAAUAUCGACCAAAAGUUAUAGAUAGCUACGUAGCACCCAGUAGGAUAGGAGGAAAUGUGUAUCCUUUAUCAGAACCAGGAGGUUAUAGGGACGUACUGGUAGAACCCGUGUACCAAACUAUUAAAAAGAUUCCUCCACCUCCAUACCCAGGGAAAGUGUAUGAAAGGGAAAGGGUUCCAGUUGAAAAGAUUGCAGUAGAGAGAAUUACAAAAAGACAGUCUGGAAGUGUACAGAACUUUACUUUAAAACCGCAGGUUCCUCAAACUGAUGACGAAAAACUAAAAGAUAUACCUUCGACACAAUAUUUCGAUGACGGAAAGACAAUCAUGAUUAUCGAUUAUUUGAUGGACCCGUUCACUACCAAAGUUAACAAAAUACCCCAGUCAACACCACGUGACAUAAAUCACAAUGGCGAUAUGUUGAAUGGAUAUACAUCUGUUGGGGACCUGAAUGGACAUAAAUCUGAUGUGGACCUGAAUGGACAUACCUCUGAUGUAGACCUGAAUGAACAUAAAUCUGAUAAGGAUGUGAUUGGACAAUACUCUGAUGAAGAAAGUGAUGAUCUCAACGAUUCCCAUAAUAGACAGAGGUCUGCUGAAUUCGGAGAUGUUCUUUUCCUUCCGUGAUCGAUAAUUAAGAAUAAAAGUCUCAAAAAUAAUUGCAUAUAAGAUGUUAACAAUAAAUAUUAGCAUAUAAGAUGUUUACAUAAGCUUAGAUAUUUUUCAUAGCAGUAUGAUAUCAUCAAACGGUAAAAAUUCUUUAGUUCGCACCAAGAUGUUUGUUUAAUAAUACCACAAUACUUAUAGCAGAUGUGAAAAAAAUUGUAUUGACAAAGUAACAAAUUUAUCACUUCAGAUAUCUUGGUUCGCCUGGUCUUGAGGUUCGACUGGGCAGGCAGGCCCAUGCUCAAUGAACAAGCGUUUGUCUUCUACAAAAAGUUCACAUCGUUUACGAAAAUGUUCAGAUUUCUGUUCAUUCAGUUCUUUUUGUAUCAAAUUCGUUAUGUUAACAACAAAAUUAAAAACUAUAACCCUGACUAGUUUUAUCAUUAUCUGAAUUGCUGCGUGGUGCAAACCUAUGUAUUCUGUAUGACUUCACAAAAAUUCAAGCUUAAUUUCUAACCUUGUACUUAAUUAAUUUUUGCUAAGUUUAUGAAUUGAAAACAAAGUGCUGUAAAAAGAUUUAACGCUUUUGGCCGUUAUAACUAUAUACAUUUUUGGGUCAUGUUCAGUUGGUUAUAUAUAACAGGGUAAAUCUUGCUUGAAUUCUUUCAGUGAAAGAAAUUUAUCAAAUGUAAACUAUCAUUACAUCAGUCAAUCAAUCUAACAUUAAAUGUGAGAACCCCGGCGACAAAAUGAAAGCCUCGGUCUCAUUUAUCAUUUUUGACUCUUGUAUUAUAUUUUCGUCAAUAUAUAUAUGGAUCAUAUUCUAUUAUUUUAACUAACACUAUAUAUUCAAAGUGUCUGAUUAUAAAAGAUGAUAAAAUAUUAUAUAAUAUGUACUGUAAUAAAGAUCACAUCAACCGUA